AUGGCUUUAUCUAAUUUUGAUAGUCUACCAUCUGAAUUAAUCGUAGAAAUAAGUGAUUAUCUAGAUGGAUGUGAUUUAUAUUAUGGAUUUUAUGGAUUAAGUCAACGUAUUAAUGGAAUACUCGAUCAACAAUGUCAUCGUCUUCACAUAAGUUUUAUUCAUAUAUUAAAAAUAAAAUUCGAUUUAUAUUGUAAUCGUAUUUUACCACAUAUAAGUACUCGUAUUGUUUCGUUAAUAUUAUGUGGUGAUAAUUCAACAACACCUGGUCAACUCAGAUUAUUUUUAUCUCGUUUUAAUUCUCUAGCACAAGUUUUUAUUAAUCUUGAAUCAAUUAAAUUAAUUGAUUAUACUAAAUCAGAUGUAGAAAUUCUCUUAGAUCAUUUUCCAAAGUUCACUAGACUUAAAUGUUUAUCGAUUGGAGAAUAUAAACGUUUAAUGCCAUUUACUAUAAAUAGAAAUGAUUUAUUCAAGGAACAUGUUACCUUACCUAUUUCAUUGCGUAGUUUAGCAUUUCCAUAUGAAAUUUCAAAUGAAUGGAUUCAAACAUCGAAUACGUUAACAUCAUUGAUCGAACAAUUACAUAUUCAUCUUAUUCAUAUAAAUGUAAUAUCUUUGUUUUUACAAAGAUUUCCUUAUUUAAAACGUUUGACUACUGUUCUAACGGGUAUUAAUCAAAAUAAUUUAUUCAUGGAAAAUAAUUUUCAAACUAAUAUUAUGUUACAUAGAUUACAAUAUUUGAAUGUCAAUAUUACACAGCAAGUAGCUUUCGAUGAAUUUGCUUCUUUUCUAAGAAAUUUGACUGAACUUCAUUCAUUAUCCCUUGAAGCACUCAAUCCUGAAAUCGAUUUCUUGGAGGCUCAUCGUUGGGAAACAGUUUUACCAUCAAAACUUUCUUCAUUUCGUUUUGACUUGACCAUGACAUUACCAAACAAUCCUAAUCAUCUUGAAUUAUUACAAUCUUUCAAAAGUCAAUAUUGGAUAUCUCGAGGUUGGUUCGUACAAUGCCAUUUACGAGAUCGGGGUCGUUUCUUUCGUUUAUCUACUGUUCAAUCACCAAUUAUCACUAUUCUCUAUUGGCCCGAUGAUGAACUAUUACUAGAUACAACAACUAUAACAGUUUAUCCAAAUGUAACUCAUAUUGAACUAUGGUGGAAUUUAUCGAAAUCAACUCAAGCAACAUGUCCUAAUGUUUGUUCAAUUCAAUUGUAUGGUGUUGGUAAUAACAGAGAUGAACCUAUUCAUCCAAAUAUUAUUGAUAUUUUACAAAAUCCAUCACUUGAACAUAUUAUAAUUAAUAAUGAUCUACCAAUUACUCAUAGUAGAUUUGUAUCAAUUCUAGAAAAAUCAUCGGACAAUAUUCAAACAUUGACAUGUUCUAUUCAUUGGUUACUAUUUAUAUUAGAAGAACGUCAACAAUACGAAUGGAUUUGUCAAUUAAUAAAAAUGCGUAUUCGAAAAUUAAUUGUUAACAAUGAUGAAAUCAUUCUGUCUAACACAAAUUUAAUUGCUUUUUGUCGAACAUUUAUUAAUUUAGAAGAAAUAACAAUAAAAAUGGGAUCAAAAGAAGAUUUAUUUUUUCUUUUAAAUACACUUGAAAAAUUAACGAUGGCAAAGAUUGAAUUACCUUGUAUUAGUCUUGCUGGUAUUACUGAUGAUAGAAAAAUGAUAGAACAUAAUACAAUACUUGUUAAUUUUGUCAUUUAUAAACAAAUUAUUUCAUUAGAUACUUCUAAAUUAAUUUUAUGGAUUGGUUCACGUCGUACGUCAAAUCUUCUUCAAACAAAAACUUAUCUUUAUUUAUAA